AUGUACGUGAAGUGCCGGAGCAUGGUGCGUGCUCAAGAGGUUUUCGACAGGAUGAAAAGUCGGGAUGUGGUCUCGUGGAACGUUUUGAUGCUCGGCUACGCACAGGAUGGUGAGAACGAGGAGCUAGCUCUAGAGAUGUUUAUGAAUAUGGUGUCGUCCCGAGGUUGUCAGCUCGAUAGCUGGAGUGUUGUCGCUGCUCUCCAGGCCUCGGAGCCAAGAAAGAAGCUCGGAAUCCACAGGAGAAGCUCAGAUGGCCUUCAACUCUUUGGAGAUUUGCUACACUCCCAGUCUUUGGUGGCUGCGCUUAAGGCGUCAACUCAAGAACAGGGAAGGCAAGUCGAUGGGAAGAUCGUGACGCUGCGUUCGCGGGAAGCCGGAAUGGCGGUGCACUCGUUGAGUUUUCGACCGAUCGCGACGUUGUUAUCUGAAAACGAGCUACCUGAUCAAGACGGUCAGAAUCUUGCAGGAACCAAUUUUUCUUGGGGAGCAAACUGGGGGAAAAGGGGGAAACUCUCGAACCAAACCUCAAAAAAGGCCGGUAAAUAUCUUCGGGAGAUCGUCGAACAAUGCAGCACGCUUAAUCGGAUCCACUGA